AUCCUGUGGUGUGUAAGGUUUCAAUUACAGAACGGCGCCGCGCCGCACAAGAUGUAAGCUUGGUUCACGCGGGCCGGGGCUCAGACUGCUCCGGGGGAACCCCUUGGCAAAAGCUUUGGACCUGCAGUAGCCUCGCCCAUCCCUCCCGAGGUUGGAUUCUGACCUAUUGCCAAAGCAGUACGUGCGUAUUCAAAUACAUAUUCAUAAGCAAGCCUGGGAUGGCCAGAGUCCCAGCUGCUUCCUCCCCAGCAACCCCUUCAGUGAACCUCAGGACCUUCCCUUUUGACCUCUAUUUGGGGAUCCGGAGAUCCUGACCACCAAGAAAGGUUUGCAGUCGUGACAUUUUAUUGCCCUACACACUGCAAAACGCCACAGUGCUGAGCUCUAGUUAAUCGCUCUGAAUGUGGAAGGCGUCAAUACCGAGCACAAGAAGCAAGUAGCUUUGGAGGGAAAAUGGAGCUUGCAGAAACGAAGCCACAUUUUGAGUUUAUCUCUGAUGAAGUUCCCCGUUCAACUGCAGCGAGGAUGUGGGUCCACGGCGUGGAACUUGGCAGGUGUUGGCUGAGCAUGUGGUUUUAAGAAAGCCUCAGGGCCAGGAGAGGGACUUGGGAGGAGCUCUUUCCAGGAGCACCUGGAACCUUCUGGUCCUAGAAGUGAAACUAGACCAUAACCUGGACUUAUGACCCGUGGCCUGACUCCUACCCUGCCCAUUGAAUUCCGCAAGAUGGGCUCCUUCCGUAGGCCCAGACCGAGAUUCAUGAGCUCCCCAGUGCUCAGCGACUUGCCCAGAUUCCAGGCCACUCGACAGGCCCUGCAGUUGAGCUCCAACUCAACUUGGAAUAGUGUCCAGACAGCCGUGAUCAACGUUUUCAAAGGGGGCGGCUUGCAAAGCAAUGAGCUGUACACGCUGAAUGAAAACAUCAGGAGGCUGCUGAAGAGUGAACUCGGAUCAUUCAUCACAGACUAUUUCCAGAACCAGCUUCUGGCGAAGGGGCUGUUCUUUGUGGAGGAGAAGGUCAAGCAGUGUGAAGGUGAAAAUCGCAUUGAGGUUCUGGCUGGCAUCUGGGACCACUUCUUCACGGAGACCCUCCCCACCCUGCAGGCAAUAUUUUACCCCGUUCAGGGACAAGAACUGACCAUACGUCAGAUCUCCUUGCUGGGUUUCCGAGACCUGGUCCUGCUGAAGGUAAAGCUGGGCGAUUUGCUGCUGCCGCAGUCCAAGCUACCCUCAUCCAUUGUCCAGAUGCUGCUGGUUCUACAGAGUGUUCAUGAGCCCACAGGCCCCAGUGAGGGCUACCUGCAACUGGAAGAGCUGGUGAAGCAAGUUGUUUCUCCCUUCCUCAGCCUCAGCGGGGACCGUGGCUGCUCAGGCCCUAUGUACAUGCUGGCUAGGCGAUAUUCCAGAGUCCGGCCCAAGGUAACUCUCCUCAACUAUGGCCCUCUGAUGACCACAGUCAGCCGGCCACUGAAUGAGAUGGCCUUGACACCACUGACGGAGCAGGAAGGAGAGGCCUACCUGGAGAAAUGCGGCAGUGUCCGGCGGCACACAGUGGCCAAUGCCCAUUCUGAUAUCCAGCUGCUGGCUAUGGCCAGCAUGAUGCACUCAGGCUUGGGGGAGGAGGCCGGUGGUGAGGACAAGUGCUUGCUUCUGUCACCCAGCUUCACUCCGCCUCACCGGCAGUGCUCCAGCGAGCCCAGCAUCCUGGACAGUCCUGACGAACUGGAGGAGAUGGGCAGCGGCAGCCAGGAAGAUUCGGAGCUGAACUGUGCUUCCCUCAGCUGAGCCUCCAGGAUUUCCAAGAUACUUCUGUGCAUGCAUGAUGAAGAUAGCCCAACCCCAUGGAUGGCCAAGGGGUCUCUUCCUUUGGGCAAUGAGACCUUAUUUCCUUUAGGACAGACCUUUCCUUUAGGACAGACAUUCCAGGGGAAACUCUUCAUUCUGGUGUUUGGGACCAGCUCCUUACAAACACACAGACCCAACUGCCUAUUAUUUGCCUUCUCUCCAGCCUGAUUUUCCCAACUUGGAUCUUCACCUCCAAGCUCUUUUCCCUCAUACUGGACUGCCUGCUAAUUCCAAUGAUAUGUCCCAGUGCCUCUGGCAUUAAUGUGGUGGGAGGUUGUCUAGAUCACACAUAAACUUAGCAAUAGUGUGCUAACCCUUUGCAGUUCCCCUUCAGGCUCCUGCAGAAGCCUAUGGAGGAAAAGAGAGAUUUGUAUGGAGUAAAAGAGCACUACAAUUCUUGCCAUGCAUGGCCCUGGGCUACAUCCUAUUUACUGUAGUUUCAGAAUCACUGUGAAAGCAUUCAUUGCUCCACUAGUGAGUGAUGGUCCAUCUUACCUACAUCCAGAUACUAGAUGCUACCUACACCACAGCCUUUGGCCUAUGGCCCAAGAGAGCCACAAGGCCAUAGAGCCCUAUCUGUCAUGAAGUCUCGCUAUUUCCCUCUCAAGCUUUCUCCCCAAAUCAAGGACUAAACGCCUAAUGGGUCACUGGUGCCUUAACCUUGCUUUUGUUUCACAAAUGGACCACAUUCCUAUUGCAGAUGUGAGGGGCUGGUUGACGUGGGCCAAGUAGUCUGUACCUGGAUUUGACUUGAAUUUCUAAAAUGUAUGUUGUUUCAGAAAUGGUUUGCAAAUAUUUGCACCUAGGAUCUUGCACCAAUCAUUUCCAAGGAGGUAUGUGUUCAAACUCACAAACAAGUAGAGCUCUUAGAAAAGAAACACUAGGAAUGGCUUGGAGCAGAGUGAUUUCUAUUGUAGAGAGGGUCCAUGUGCACAGGCAUUUAGAAGCAGCUGGACUUGAGUUGG